AUGCAGUGCCAGAUAUGCAAUAAGUCCGGCAUGACCGGCAACAACGUGAGCCACUCGAACCGCAAGACCAAGACGCGGUGGAAGGCCAACGUUCACAAGCAGACGCUAGCCAUCGACGGGAAGCCCACGCGGGUAAAAAUCUGCUCACGGUGCCUGCGGACGAUGUACAAGCCGCCCCGGGGCAGGAAGGCAAGGGCCAGAGCGGCCGCGUAG